CUAGAUAGAUAGAUAGAGCGACCUUCUCCAAAAGAAAAAGAUAGAUAGAGCAAUCGAGCAAGGGCGGCGCCGACCCCAGGAGGUAUCGCCGCGCGGCCGCCGCCGUCCCCGUCGUACCAUGGGGCUGCUGGCGCUCAAGCGCCUCGUGUCCGUGCGGCAGGACCGGAAGACUCGAUCCCGUUGUGGUACGUCGAUUGCGCCGGUGGCCAAGAGAAAGUGCUCGCCCUGUCAACAACAAGACGAUACUCGUCAUCAAGCUGCCAAAAGGAGGAGGCGCUCAGUGCCAGAGCUUCCAAAGGACAUAUGGGAUCAUAUACUUUCCUUGCUGCCACUGCGGGAUGCUGCUCGAGCUGGUUGUGUAUCUCGCGCGUUAUCAAGUUCCUGGACACGCCUUCCCAACCUCACCUUCACAAGGGAAACACUCGGCCUGACUGGAAAUGCAUGUCGAAAACGUGAACUUGCACGAACUUUCGAAAACAGAGUUUACCGCGUUUUGAGAAAACACUCGGGCGGUGGUGUGAAGACAUUCAAGCUUCAUCACUGUGGUUCUGGUUUCAACAUUCGUGAUCUGAACAGGUGGCUUCAGAUUGCCGUUACUCCGGGGAUUGAAGAAGUCGUACUUUCAGUGCUAAUGCACCGGAGAAAGUACAGAUGCGGGCCUCACUACGGGUACGAAUGGGUGUCUUACAACUUCCCCUGCUCAGUUUUUUCCAACGGGAGUGGAAACUCGAUUCGGCAUCUUCACCUCGCCAGUUGUGCCUUCCACCCUGUUGCCGGACUUGCUCGCUUGACAAGACUGCAACUGUUUAAGGUGGACAUUACAGGAGAUGAGUUAGGGUGCCUACUUUCUAAUUCUUUUGCUAUGGAGGAGCUGAAUCUCACUAAAUGCGGUAACGUCAUUCACCUGAAGAUACCUUGCCUGCUACACAGGCUCAACUGCCUGGUGGUGCUGCAGUGCGGAGCUCUAAAAAAGAUAGAAAAUGAAGCUCCAAAUCUUUGGAUUGUUCGCAUCGAUAGCCAACCAGAGAAAGUUCCAGUUGGAGAUGUAUUGCAAGUGAAGGACCUCCAAAUGCUGGAUUGUUCUGAAUCUAACCUUGUUCAUUAUGCUCGUGCUAAGCUUCCGUCCAUUAUGCCAAAUCUUGAAACCCUCAGCGUAGAAUCGACCGGGGAGAUGUUCAAUACGCCAAUCUUACCUGUCAAAUUCCUCUACCUCAAGAACUUGCGGAUUUUUCUUCAUGAUCGAGCGAUGAAGGGCUUUUCCCCAGGCUAUGAUUAUUUUUCUCUCGUUUCUUUUCUGGAUGCUUGUCCUGUGUUGGAGAAUUUUGUCUUGGCUGUAUUACAGGCUAGCGUAAGGCAUGAAUUGAUUUCCGGAGACCCACAUCUGAGGCAGAUGCCAGAACACCGGCAUGGCAAUAUCAAGAAUGUGACGAUCAAGGGCUUUUGCGCUGCAAAGAGCAUGGUCGAGCUAACCUGUCAUAUUCUUGAGAAUGCAACAUCACUCGAGUGCCUUACGUUGGACACCAUAUGUGAUGAUGGCUCUGAAGACCUUGAUAGGACUUUUGACGACGGAAUUGCUAGAUGCUGCUACACAGUGUUAGACUGGGGUAUGCUCGACGAAGGCUAUAGAGGGCUCAGGGCUAUCGAAAGAUACAUUGUGGGGAAAGUUCCCUCCACGGUCAAGCUAAAUGUUUACAAGCUCAGCAGCCGUCGCUAUGCUAUAAAACCGUAUGAAUAUAGUUAUGCCAAUUAUCUAUCCUAGCAAUGUUAAAUGUUGCGUUGAUUGGAUCUCGUAACUUGAAUCUAUUGUUUGAAUGUUGAAAAAUUACAUGGGCCAUGGUUUAUUUAUUUAUUUUUGUAAAACGAACAUAAUCGUGAGUGUUCUGUUGUGUAAUAGUAAUACACAUAUUGUUGUGGUCAAGCUGUGAAUAUGCUACUACUUGCCUGCAGAACAUAGUGUAAACAGAGCUUCAGACACGGGACAGAGGCGGAGCCGCUGAGCGGGAGUUUUCAUGGUUCGAGUACGCACUAGGCUACAGACUUUCCUGGCUUAAAAGGUCACCCUGGUUAUGAAGACGACCAUAGCACAGGCUUGUCGUCAUUGAGUUCCUCCAUUGCUGCAAAGAUGAAAGGGGAAGGAGAGACAUUUUUUAUGGAAAAGACACCCUUAGAUCUGAUAAAUAUCAAGAAAAACAUGAAAACAAUAGCGAGUAUAAUCGACAGACAAACGAUCAACAAAAAAAUACAUUGAGAAUCAUACUAGCCUCCUUCUUCCUCCUAUUUGCACUGGACAGUAAAGAAAAAGGGACAUCUGCAAAGACCCUUGUUGUACCAGGAUUUGAAGACCACAAUAGUCACUCGCCCCUUGAGACGAGAUCUAGAAAUGGCUGAAGCAACAUCGGUUGGAGCAUCACCCAACGCAGUACAGACUUGCAAUCCAUCACCACCCGUUCAAAGGGUUGUAGAAACUAGACCAUGCCGCAGAACAACAUGGAAGAAGAUGUCAUAAUCGCCGCACCAAUAGCCAGCCAAUAUCUCUCCUUGAAAGACACACCAUCUGCCAAGAUCUAAAAGGAGCCAAUAAAUCUGGGGACACAAACUCUCACAUGCCUUCGUCGCGGAGCCAGAUCAGACAUCAAGGUAGGCAAAGACCAGAGAGACCUUAUUCCAACACGUCAUCGCUGCCACCACAUCGUCGACGUCGUCAAGAAAACACAAACCUAAGAAAUAGAAAACAAGACGGACUGGUCCCUACUCCUCUUGUCGUCGACAAGGCCGCCGGACAGGGAAAAGGAGGGGGGAUGAGGCAGUGACUUGUAGGAAAACUUUUGCGGAGGUGGCUAGGGUUGGGAGUUGGGGUGGAUUGCAACUAGAUGGCAUAUUUUGACGGCUACUGUACGUGUACAUUAACAAAUUGACUACACAGAAAAAUGCAUUAGUUUGCAUGGUGGAAACUUUGUUUCCUAAGAAACAUGAAGGACUUGGAUAUAGGGGUUAUCAUUAUUUUAAUCUUGCUAUGUUGGCUAAAUAGUUUUGGCGACUUUUAUGUAAUCAUGAUACACUAUGCG